UGUCCUCUCAGCAUCUUUGUCCGUCUCUUCAUCCAUUCUUGAAGCCCCCUACUCUUUCUGAUUCCUUCCUACCGAUCCACUCUCUCCGCCCAUCCUGAGCAAACCACCUCCUCCUCCUCCAUCUUUCACCUCUUGGCUCCUGUUACCACCUCCCUCCUCUGCAACAGUCUGCAUUGCUUUCUGUGCACGCUGCAUCAUGAUGCCUGUGGGCUGCAUCUGGGGUCUCGCCUUGUUCCUGAGUCUGAGUUUAGGAUGGACGAAGGCUCAGCAGACGAAUUUCACCAGGCCUGUGUUCUACUGUGGAGGUGACCUGGUGGCAGACUCAGGCUUUGUUGGCAGUGAAGGCUUCCCGAGCUUCUACAAACCCAACAGUAAAUGCACCUGGCGCAUCACUGUCCCAGAGGGAAACGUGGUCACGCUCUCUUUCCGCAUUUUUGACCUGGAGGCUGACUCACAAUGUCGCUACGACUAUCUGGAUGUUUACAACGGCCAUUCCAACUUGGUGCAAAAACUGGGUCGCUUUUGUGGAACUUUCCGUCCCGGAGCUCUUAUUUCUACCACAAACACCAUGAUGCUGGAGAUGGUGACUGAUGGAGAGACACAGAGCAGAGGAUUUGUGGCCUAUUUCAGCGGAACCAAGCCCUAUGUAGAUGACCAACAGUUCUGUGGGGGGAAGAUAACAAAAGCCCAGGGAGAGAUCACGACGCCUAACUGGCCCGACAAGAAAUAUCCAGCAGGAAUCAGCUGCUCCUGGCUCAUCACUGUGGAGCCUGACAUGGUGAUCCAGGUGAAGUUUGAUAAGUUUGUCCUGGAGGCUGACACUUACUGUCGGUUUGACUACGUUGCAUUCUUCAACGGCGGAGAGAAAGAUGAUUCACGACUGAUUGGAAGAUUCUGCGGCGAUGAGCCCCCACAACCCGUUAUCACCACUGGCAACGUGCUCCUGGUCCAGUUUGUGUCUGACCUCAGCGUGACAUCUGAUGGAUUCCUCGCCCACUACAGCAGCUACCCACGUGGCUCUCAGAUACCAACAGUCGACUCUGGAGCUGGACCCAGGUUCAUUCCUUCAAAACCUGCGGUCAAACCUGCUGCACCCCAGCAUCCCGCUACCACCGAACAGCCGCCUGUCACCACCACCAAAUAUGUGCCGCCUCCUCCCCCUAAACCCACGACCAGAGCCAGACCAGUGAAGCCCACGAGAGGCCGAGGACAGGUCACCCCGGACCAGGACAGGAGGGUUCCCGUCACAAGGCCCAAUGGAAAGAGGCCUGUUCCUCAGAAUCCGCUGUGUGCCAAAGCCUGUAAAAGAGAUGGAACCAUCAAGACCAGUUUCUGUGCCAGUGAAUUUGUGAUAACUGGGAAGGUGACCUCUCUGGCCCCAGGGCCCCGAGGCACCCUUCACAUCAGCGUCUCCCUCAUUAAGGCCUAUAAGCAGGGUCGCCUAACCAUCACGCAAGUAGGAGAAACCAUGUCGGUGAAGCUAGUGUCACAGUGCAAGAAGUGUCCAUUGCUCCGCAGAGGCAUCAACUACAUAAUCAUGGGUCAGGUGGAUGAGGAAGGACGUGGCACCCUAGAACCCGGCGCAUUCACAGCUCCAUACAAAGCUCCACACCACAAACUACUAAUGAACAUCAACAACCAACCCUGUUAGCCUCACACUGUCCGAGCCGAAGGCAUUAAAUCCACAUAUCAAACACACAAAUACAUUUUAAUGUGAAACACAGAUCUAUAAAAGCACUACUACGCUAAAACAUAACUUCAGUUUUAUACACCAUUUUAAAGGAAUACAAACCCACCCUCCAAACCUUAUGUUUGUAAUUUAUGUAUGAAUAAAAGGUUUUAUAUCUCUUUCAAA